UAAUUUGCAUAUAACCUCAAUCGCGUUGCGUCAGUAUUAAAUAUUUCUGAACGAUGUAACUCGUUGAAAGAACAUACACCGAAACGAUGCGAACGAACGAAAUGGAAGUAAACGUGAAUCCGAUGGCCUUAGUUUCGACGUCAAAAUGCAUUUCUUCUGAUAAAACCUAAUUUACAACAGUUCGUCUACCGGCGGAUGAGAGGCUAGUGAAAUGAGAUUGAAUAAAGGAAUUGUCACAGCAUUUCAGCUGAUAUUAAACGUCUUCUUCUCUAUUCUAAUUAUUCUACUGAACAAAUGGCUCUACGUUAACAUCGGUUUUCCGAACAUCACAUUAUCUAUGAUACAUUUCACUAUUACAUUUAUUGGAUUGAUAAUCUCAGAGAAGUUCGACGUUUUCUGUAUAAAAGAUAUUGCGAUCAAGGAGAUAUUUUUUAUUUCCAUGAUAUUCUGUGGGUCCGUCGUAUUCACAAAUCUGAGUCUGGCAGAGAACACCGUCAGCACUUAUCAAAUGGCUAAAAUGUUGAUCACACCCUGUGCAGUAAUAAUGCAGAUCAUACUUUACAAAAAGCAUUUUAGCACGCUUGUUAGGAUCACGUUAGUUCCUAUCACGUUGGGGGUGGUAGUCACAUUGUACCACGACAUGCAAUUGAAUUUUAUUAAGACGGUAUAUGCUGUGGUUGGAGUACUUUUGACAUCCUUGUACCAAGUGAUGGUAAACAGAAAGCAGAGAGAAUUCCAAAUGGACCCGAUGCAAUUGUUGUACUAUCAGGCUCCGAUAUCUGCUGUGCUGUUGUUCUUCGUGGUUCCACUCUUGGAACCCUUAGAACAGACAUUUGCAAGGGGAUGGUCUUUGAUAGAGACAGCGUUGGUCUUGGUAUCAGGCAUUGUAACAUUCCUCGUUAACUUAACUUCCUACUGGUUUAUAGGAAAAACUACCCCAUUAACUUAUAGUAUGGUUGGGUAUUAUAAAUUCUGUCUGAUACUUUUGAGUAGUUCAUUAGUCUUUGAGGAAACGCUGUGUAUAUAUCAAGCACUGGGAAUAAUUUUAACAUUAGCUGGAACUAUUUUAUACUCUCAUGUGAAAAUGAGAGAUACACAGGCUGUACAGAACAAGGAUAAAGAAAAAAGGCCGUUGUACUCAAUAUAAUUUUGUAACUGCUAGAUUUAUAAUGAAUAAAGUGAAAUAUU